AUGAGGAGGGUUUUGCUGCUGGGCUUGACGGCCUUCUGUCUCUGUGUGUUCGUUGCUGCCGACACGAAGUCCGACAGACAGGAAGAGAGACCGUUCCCCGAGAAAGAUGGAGUGUUACAACUGAAGAAAGGGAAUUUCAAAAGGGCACUGAGAAAAUAUGACCAACUCCUAGUGCACUUCUAUACCCCUCUGUCUGGAGAAGGCCACCGUGUGUCGGCAGCAUUUGAAGGCGCUGCGGCGGAGCUCAAGGGGUCAAAGGUCAAACUGGCAGCGGUUGAUGUAUCAAAAGAGAAGGACCUGGCUAAAGAACUGAAUGUGACAGGCCACCCGGUAAUCAGACUUUACCUCUCUGGAGAUAAACACAACCCUGCACCCUGCCCCGUUCCUCAGAGCUCAGCUUCCAUCUUGACCUGGCUUAAAAGGAGGGAAGGGUCAGCUGCUGACCUCGUCACUGAUCUCAGCCAAUCGGAGGCCUCAGAAGAGCUGACGGUGUUUGGAGUCUUUAAGGAGCUGAACCACGAGUACGUCCAGGUGUUCUACGCCGCAGCGGUAGAGCUUCCUGACGUCAGGUUUGCUGUGCUGCAGGACGAUGAAGUCAUUGGCAAAUACGGCCUCACACAUGAUGCUGUUCUGCUGCUCAAAGAGUCUAAGCUCAUCCAGGCUUACAAAAUGAUGCCUGAGACAUCUAAAGAGGAGCUGAUCGUCUUUAUCACCGUCUACCAGAUGGAUCCAGUCACUGAGUACACCGGGCAGACAGCCUCUCAGAUCUUAUCAUCGCCUGUAUUAAACCACGCUCUUCUCUUUGUCAACAAAAGUUCAGAAGACUUUGAUGAGAUUUUUUCUGCCUUCACCAGCGCUGCAGAGACAUUCAGGAUGAAGAUUUUGUUUGUGUUGGUGAACGUGGCUGAGCAUCGUAACGGCAGACUUAUGGAGUACUUCCGGGUUCGGGACUUUGAGGCUCCCCUAAUCCGACUGGUGAACCUGACAAAUCACGUGACCUACCAUCUGCCCUCUGACACCCUGAACACAGAGCAUAUAGAAAAGUUCUGCCAGGACUACCUAGAGGGCAAAGCUAAGCCUAAGAUGCAGAGUGAGCCGAUAACUGAAGGAUGGGACCAAAAGCCAGUGAAGGAGCUGGUGGCCAUGAAUCUGGAGAAAGUUGCCUUUAACCCAGACAGGACUGUUUUUGUUCUGUUUUAUCUGCCCUACAGUAAAGAGUCCCGCGCUCUGUUCCCACUGUGGGAGGAGCUGGCUGAGGCCUUUGAGGAGCGAGAGGAUGUGGUCAUCGCUCGCAUCGAUGCCUCAGCCAAUGACAUCAACAUGUCGAUGCAGGGGGCGUACCCAUCACUCUGCUUGUUUCCUGCUCUGUAUGCCGAGAGGGUGGUGGUUUACACUGGACCAAGGAAGCUGAAACCACUGAUUAAGUUUGUAGAGAAAGAGAUGGAGAAAGCCAAAAAAUACAGAGUUAAGGAGGAUGAAGACAGGAGGAAGUACAUCGAGGACAUGAAAGCUGAGGAGGCAACAAAAGCCAACGAAUCCAAAGAUGAGCUUUAA